AUGGACUUUCCCGGAAGUGCCAGUACCAAUGUGCAUCUCAUUGAUGGCUUCUCCACGAUUUACUGGAGGAUAUACACGGAAGAGACAGGCAUUGCGAACAACCCACCGGAAGGUCCGCCCAAUGGUUAUACUAUUUUGAAGCAUCUUAGUCGUCUCAAAGAUCUAGAAGCCAAGUUGCGAAUUCUCAACUGCUUGGCUUCGUGCCCGAGGCGUCUUGGGUUAUGGGUUUUCUCCCCCACUCCGGACUUCGAAAGUCUACAUGAUUUGUAUAUGAAGGAGGGAAAUGAAAUUUCCAAGAAGAUACUACUUGAUACAACCGUUCUUAAAGUCUCCGCAUCGGGCAGCAUCGCAUCCCAGGAUUUGAUCAGAAGCCUUUCGUCAGAGACACAAAACCAAGCCGGGCAGCAAAGACCCCAACAAGGCCAAUCAACCCCGAGACGACCCGAAAGCCAUAGCAGUUCCGCUGCUAUCUAUGCCUCCUUUAUUUCUGCCGUUACCGGUGCAAUCAGCCUACAUAUAAUUCGCUCUCACGGCGCCUUUCCACUUGGCUCCCGUACUUUAUUUACGGCGGUGGAGAAUUUGGGCUACGAGAGCCCACGUAUCGAUAACGACAGCCCGUUUUCCAAAGCUUGCCUGACCUCACUAAAUAUACAACUGAACGCCUCGGGGACAUUGAUGAUUUCAACGCAAACGAUAUCUCAAGUUGGAAUUUCACGUCUCUGCAGCUCCCGUGACAGAAUUUCAGACAUUCUCCCAGUACAACCAGGCACUGAUCUCUGGCUGUGUCCAAAUGGAACCGUUGCGCGGCUUGUUACGACUAAUGUUGAGGCACCAACGGCUCCUUCGCCUGGCUUUUUGCUUUCUGGAAAUAUCACAACCAAAAAAAGACAAUGGAAAUUGGACAUAGUGCACUGGCUAGUGAACUUUGGUUUGCAUAUUAAGUCUGUCGACGAAGAACUGUGGGUUGAAGUAGAAGUCUGGGAACCCUUUUUCGCGAGGCUGGCCGGGGAGGCAUGGCGGCAAAGCGAUGAGCCCCAAUCCCCACUCCCUUUGAAACGCAUGCUAUGGCCUGCAAGGUUCUGCUUCAAAAGAACUGCUUCGGAAGCCCGGCCUCUCAUAAAUGAAACUUCCUGGCCUCUGGGCCUUGCAGACGACCCACUCGACUUUGCAGAGCGAUGGCCAUUGGAAACUGAAUUUCUCCAGACAAAUGAUAAUCUAACACCCGCUCGUGUGGUGGAUGAACCUCAAUCAAAAGACGAAGACAUGACUUCGCCUAAAUUUGACAGUUUGGACGGUUUCGAGAGUCUCUCUCGAAUGGCCCAAUACCCCGACUUGCCACCCACCAACUUAGUUUAUCCAACUCCCCCAGAAGGAGCUGCAGCGAUUGGGCUGAACCACGCGAAUCCAAACUUCCAAUUUCCCGAGGAUAGCGACUUCCAACUUUCGCCAGAUGCACAGCAAGAUCUGAAAAAUCACCCCAAUCCCAAGCUUUCUCCCGAGGUUGGCAUUGGAACGGGUCGCUAUGAUGCCAGUGAUGACGAGGAUCUUUUUGGCGAGAUGAAUGAGAGAGAUUUUGGGACGAAUGGAAUCACCGAUGCUGAUUUCAGCUUUUUCGAUGAUCCGGAUUUUGAGGACGUGAACGACGACUCCCCUGCGGUCCCUCAUCAGGAAAAUAUACAGCCCGUUUUGGAAGAAAGCAAGCCUGAGGACUCAGCCGAUCCCGACGAUAUGCUCACCAGCGCUCCACCGGAUACUUCAGAUCUCACCCAAGGCGUGAAUUUGGAGAAACCACCACCCAAGGAGACGCAUCAUAUCUCGGAGCCAGUUGAUGAAUCUAUGGGUCUUGGAUUAUCACCUGGCGUGUCACUGGAUCCCAAAAGUCCAGCCAUUAUCAGCCCCCCGCUAAGCCCCGUGGAAGUAAAAAAGAGACUAUUUCCGGGUGCGAAAACAGAAGACGAUCGAGGACCUCCAGACAGCCGUGCUUUGCAAGGGCACUAUCAUCCCGUAGCUUUCGAAAAGAAACUCGGAGACUGGAAUGAAAAGUAUGGAGCUGCGGGUAAAUUUUGGUUUGCUUCUGGGAGUGGCCUAGAUGCCUCAGAUCGAGCCUCGGAUUCAAUUCCCACAAUUGGGAUCCCCCAUCGAAGUCGAUCUGGGGCCAAUGGUGCUCACACAAAGCUCGCAGGCAAAAACGCUUCGCCUGUCACUUCAAAGAAUGAUUUCGAAGCCCUUGCAGAAUCAGACAGUGAAACCAGUGAUUAUAGUGAUGAGACAUCAUCCGAACAUGCCCCCACCCCAAUCGUGGUCCCAUCUUUGAAGAGAAAGCGGGUAUCUUCUGAGUCCGAUAUUCAAUCCACCGCAUCCCCAGCCAAGUCCGCUGGUGUGCCUGAUGGAAACUCCAACCUGAAAGUUGAGAACUCUACUUUUCUUGGCAAUUUCCUUGCCAACUUCUCGGAUUGGACCUUCAUUGGUUAUUUUUCUGCAUUGCAACCCCAGCAACUUCCCGUUCUUGUGCGGAGAGAAGACCAAAUUCCUAUUGCCCAGCUGUUGGUUGACCAAAUAACACAAUCCUCUCUAGAUCAUCCACUUGGUGGUCGUAUUGGCCUCUUUGGACUUGAAAACGAGGGCUUGACAUGGCGAACUCGCCUCGAAGAAGCCAACUUCCUCGGCGAGGUACUCAAGCUUGACCUCAAGACAUAUGCGUCAUUACCAGAAGAGGGAAGUGCACCCCCUGCCCAACAAGCGCCGAAGGAUUCUCCCAAGGGAUCUAUCUUGAGGAUAGGUGCUCCGCAUGUACGCAUGCGUCGGGGUAAGGAGUACUUGGAGACGCUCCCUCCUGCGGUUUCUUUCUGGGAUACAUUUGGUCUCGAGCCUGCUCAUGGACCAAAAAAUAUAUCUGCCUACUGCAUUCACCCUUAUGUUGCGACCAAAGCAGCCGAUGCAUUUUUAAACCGUUUCGGGCUUCACUAUCAGAGUUGCAACCUAGGAAGCCACAUUAGAGGGGACAAGUCAAUUGGUUUUGAGAAUGGACUUCGAUCAUGGGAUUCCGAGUCAUUUAGCUACGCUUCCAUGAUGCAAUCUUUGAAGAGUCUAUGUGAAGAACUCGGAACCGAUCUAUCUCAAUACUCACCCAGCACAGAAAACUGUGUCGUCUAUAUCGUUAAUCCGUUCCCUCACUCCGCAGCACUUACUGAUAUCUGUGCCGCCUUCUGGAAUCUCUUCCAACAAAUGGCCGCCGAUGUCGAUCGUCAGCAGGGCCAGCCAAUCAAUGAGGUUGCGCUGCAGAUUAUUCCGAUGGAGUUCAUCAUGUCUGAAGACUCUAUGGUAGUGCCUCCUCAGACGGAUUAUCUGAACCUAGCUCUGGAAGUUUACAGUCGCUGCCGCCCGAAUGACUCAGACUUGAGCCUAUUGCUUGGUGCCCCAGCGCUCCUUUUGGCUGAUCCUAUACCAAAGGCCAUCAAUUUCCGCCUUGCACCCGACAAGGGAUCCCCUCUGCAGGAUGGGCGAAGUCUCCAUAUCGCGUACUCCAAAAGCUCAGAUCAACGAUGGCUGUCUGUAGCAUGGUCUGAUAGUAGCGGCAGUCUCCAAACAAGCAUGUCCUAUUGUCUGCGUUAUCGCAACCGGGGUACAGCUAGGCCAAUCUCAGAAGUGCGAAAUGAGAUAUGGGCUACCACACGACAUAUCAUAGAAAAAUUCCAGGCUCAAUGGAAAGUCAUCCUAGUAAACACCGAACCCAUCGAUCCGGAUGAAGUGGAAGCCUGGAGCAACUUGGCCGAGCAACAGAUUAAGCUUCGGCCAGGGUCCAUGGAGUUGAUUAUCAUGGCUAUCAACACCGUUCCCGACCUGGUACUUGAAACAGCUGCCUCUCAACUGAAUUCCCAUAUUCUCUACCCACAUUUUUCCUCCACCCCCGCCUCAACCCCGAACCCAAGUGUCAGCAUUGCUUCGCCUGAGCAGACUGGCAACGCCCUCACACCUAACGCAGCGUACAACGCACCCACCCCAACGGAGCUUUCCCUUGAACCCGACUCGGAUGUCGUAUUAAUUGAUGUCGCCGAUGAGUCUUGGGCAGUUACUCUAACUCAUCGUCUUAACAGUUCUCCACACGUCACCGAAUUCCGCCCUGCGCUGGCUAGCGGAUAUCUUCUUCGCCGCAGGGGCACCACCGAUGGCGACGGCGUGUUCACGAUGACCGCCAAUCUUAUUUAUUCACAGCGGCCUGCUUCAUCUCACGAAGCUCUCCUUAGGGAGAUCUUGGGGAUGUACCGGGAUCUCGCAUCCCUGGCCCGUGCAAGAGGCAUGCGCAGCGUCCAAGGUAACACGUUGCCUUGGCAUGUUGCCACAGCUUUACGCGCUCAGGAGCUUCUCAGUUAUGUUUUAUAA